UUUAUUACUGACUGGACAGACAAAAUGCAAUCUUCCCACCGUCCCUGCAAUCUCCUAUGCCCGGUGGCGCCAUAUGCGGCCGCCGCACCCCGCCCCCAACAGCGGCCGCCGCAUCUUCACGGAACCCAGCCGCAGCGCCUCCUCUCCCCUCCGCGACGCCACUCUGAAGGUCGCCUCCUCUCCUCCAUGGCCCCAAUGGCCACAUCCUCCUCCCCCACCGCGAACCCCCAGCCUUUCAAGUUGAUCCUGGGGUCUAUGUCAGUGGCCAGGAAGAACAUCCUCAACGAGAUGGGGUUCGAGUUCCAAGUCAUGACCGCGGACAUCGACGAGAGGAGCAUAAGAAGGGAGGAUCCGGAUGAGCUAGUCAUGCUUCUUGCGGAGGCCAAGGCUGAUGCUAUCAUGUCUAGAAUGAACAUUUCUGAUUACCAGAAGGAAGGCGAUCAACCAACACUCCUGAUCACCUCUGACAUAGUGGUUGUCCAUGAAGGGAUUAUUAGAGAAAAGCCAAGCAGCAAGGAAGAAGCACGCCAAUUCCUGAAAGGUUAUUCUGGUGGGCAUGUGUCAACUGUGGGUGGUGUGGUUGUAACUAAUCUUACAACUGGCAAGAAGCUUGGCAGUUUAGACAAAGCUGAGGUGUACUUCCAUGACAUACCAGAUGAGAUAAUUGAGAACCUGAUCGACGAGGGGGUGGUAUUUAGGGUUGCGGGCGGCUUGCUGCUAGAACAUCCAUUGACGUUGCCGUUUGUCGAAGCAGUGGUUGGUUCUAGUGACAGUGUAAUGGGGCUGUCAAAGGAUCUGGCAAACAAACUCAUUCACGAGGCAUUGUUGGCAUAGCCUAGCAGUUUGGGUGUGAUCACCAUCGAUUGAAUCCUUACUGCACUGCAUGAAGGUAAUGCGAUGUCGGCAACCUGUCAAAACAUGGUGAUUGUUAUGGUUUAAAUUAUAUGAAGAAUUUCAGACACCAUGGCACGAAGAUUCAUUGAGUGUGCAAGAACACUUCAGAACUGAUACCUGCUAUUGUGAUCACUGAUGAGAUGUCACCUACAGUCCUCCUGUCGAAACGUCCUGAAUCUUGGUUCUCACAUAAGGUGAAUUUGUAUGAUAAGUGAAAUUGUUAUUUUCUCUUCUGGAGUACAUUGGUAUAGAGAUGCAAUGACACUGCUUUCUUGUUUGCAAUAGCUACAUGAAAGUGGCUAUUGGCCUAUUCCAGUUU